UUUUUUUCUUCUUGAAAUUGCUUAUUCAUCUACUUAUGUAAUAGAUGAUCGUACAAAUUUGAGGAAGCUUCACGCCGGUUACACAAAGACAAAAAGCUCUCUCAAUCUCUCUCCAUCUGUUACAAAGAAGAGGCUGGUCCAAUACGUGAAACUUUGACGAAGGGAUCCCAGAUCUCUUGCUGUUGUUGGAUCAAUGGGCUCAGCGAACAAUGGUUGAGAAGCUUACAUAUGUGGAUGAAGUGCGGUGUACUGUCAUCGGGGUGAAAGUCAUUGAAGGCCAUGGUACAACGAUUGAUGUUGUGUUGGUAAACGGUGAACUCCACGAAGGUGAUCAAAUCAUCGUUUGUGGGCUACAGGGACCUAUAGUCACAACGAUUAGAGAAUUACUGACUCCUCAUCCAAUGAAGGAGCUAAGGGUGAAGGGUAAUUACGUGCAUCGCAAAGAAAUAAAAGCUGCACGGGGUAUCAAGAUUACUGCACUGGGCCUAGAAAACGCAAUUGCUGGCACUUGCCUGCAUGUGGUUGGACCUGAUAAUGACGAGGAUGCAAUUAAGGAGUCGGCUAUGGAAGGUGUGAAGUCAGUUUUGAGCAGGAUCGACCAAAGUGGUGAAGGAGUAUACUUACAAGCGUCUACGUUAGGGUCAUUGGAAGCAUUGUUUGAACUGUUGAAGUUGCCAGCAGGAACGAUACCAGUCAGUGGUGUUGGGAUGGGGACUGUGCAUAAAAAGGAUAUAAUGAAGGCUGGAGUGAUGCUCGAGAUGACAAAGAAGGAAUAUGCUAUCAUUUUGGCCUUUGACGUGCAAGUGACUACAGAGGCUCGUGAACUUGCUGACGAAAUGGGAGUUGGAAUCUUCUCCUCUGAUGUCAUCUAUCAUUUAUUCUCUCAGUUUAAGGAUUACAUUGAGAAUCUUCCCUAAUUAUUUCAAAACCGUGUUGAAUUUAUUUUUAUUAUCCUUAACUAGUAAAUUUGUUA